UUUGGACAACUGAACAGACUGGUGCGACUUUCUGUUCAAUUUCUUGAGCACAUUUUUUGUUAUUUGCCCAUUACGGUUCACCAUUACCUUUCCAAAAAUAAUAUACCGAAGUAUUAAAUACAUUUCUUCCGUUCUUUCCGCGCCUGAGCUUUAUUUAGUUUUGGUUUUGACUUUUCGCGCGCCGAAGAGAAUUUCUUGCGAAUUUCAACACAAAACUCAUUGGUGAAGAAAAAAAAAUUAUUUUUUGAGAGCUCUGGUGAAUGAAGAGCAAGAAGUUUUUUUUUUAACUCUCUCACUCUCCCUCUACUUAAUACAUAAUUGAGUAGGAGAAGGAAAAAAAAAAGCGUACACGAGAGUGACUUUGCCACCCUUCUUCACUCUCUUGGUUUGCGCGUCGAAGAGAAUUUCGCAUUUUCUGCCAUUUCUUCACUGCGCGCGGCAUAUAAAAUAAAUUGAAUUUGUAUCCGCGAAAAAAACAAGGGGAAUCACUGAAAAGUGUGCAGUUUGUGGAGAGAUAGAGGAAAAAGUGUUGUUUUUUUGCGCCUUUGCAUCUCCUGGAAAAUCCCAAGACAUCUCAGUGGAAUAUGAAUAUGGAAACAUUCUACGAUAUUGGCAGUGGAGACUUGAGAGAACUCUGGGAGUCUGACUUGGAUCCGGCAAUGCAGGACGCAUUAAAAUUGUCCUCAGGCGACCCAGAACUCAGCGAUUGGUACCUGGACAAGGACAUAAAGAUGCCACAGGUGAUUCUGCACGACAAACUAAUGACAGACGCCCUGGGGACAUUCCCCAUCAAAACCGAGCACUCCUACAGUCUCAACUCCGACGGAGACUCCUUGCCAGACUCCCCAGGAAGUCUACACAACAAGAUGGAUGACAUGGACGAUGAGUGUUAUCCUGCCAUAACCAUGAACACAGCAGCUUUAAGCACACGAACGACACACUAUCGUUCAGCGAAUCCCCAAUUCAUCAGCUCCAUCCAGAAUAACUGCAGCAAUGACUCAGAAUCGGGUGCCAGUUCGCUGUCAGAUGAUCUGGACAUCGAUGAUCAUGCGAUCAAGGAUGAACCCAUGUCACCGGCGAGCUCCAGCAAUCCGCCAAGUCCAGGCGAGUCUGUCGCGACAACGAUAAACGCGAGCCUCUCAAAUAUGGCCGCGAUCACAAACACAGACCUCGUGUUUGAGCACAAAAAUGGCUCACUUCAGCUGUCACACGCGUCCCAGAGCCUGCUGAAGAGUCACCAGAUCGCAGCUUCACACCAGCCGGUCAAUCAGAGAUUAGUGAUGCCAAAGCUGAACGUGAAGAUGGAAGCCCAGGCGCAGUUCGGUCUCCCGCCCACACCGCCCUCGUCGCUGUCCAGCGACGACUCAGAAGGCAACCUCAGUCCGGAUCACCACGGGGCGCCCAUGUCGCCUCAGAACGCGCCAGCCCUGCAGGCCACCACCAGACGGUCCGCCGUGGCGGCCACGGUCGCCAACUCCUCCAAGAUCUACUCAGGAGUCAGCACGCGCCAGCCCAUCCACACACCGCUGAUCAGCAGCCAACCAAAGGGAUCGACUGGGACAUUGAUUCUCACUGAGGAGGAGAAGCGAACGCUGUUAGCCGAAGGAUAUCCCAUUCCCACGCGUCUUCCGCUCACGAAAGCCGAAGAGAAGUCACUGAAGAAGAUCAGAAGGAAAAUCAAGAAUAAAAUUUCCGCCCAGGAGAGUCGACGAAAAAAGAAGGAGUACAUGGAUCAGCUGGAGAGAAAGGUGGAGAUUCUUGUCUCUGAGAAUUCUGACUACAGAAAGCGCGUGGAGACACUCGAGGGCUCCAAUGCCAAUCUCCUCAAUCAGCUGGCCAAACUGCAGGCUCUCAUCAAUCGGCAGAAUCAGAAGAAGUGA